UUACAUCUUGCUGAAAAGUGUGACUAGAGAACAACUUCACCAUAACUCACCAAGCUUAAUCUGAGAUCAUUUCCCAAGAAGUACUGAGACUGUCACCAUGGUCUCUGCAGGACACUUUGGAGUUUAAACUAACUGAACUAGAUUUAUAUUAGAUGGAAUCAUUGAAAUUGAAUAUCACAAAAUCACUUUUGAAAAGUAAGCUGGGCUAAAACUGACUGAGAGUGCUGAAAAAAGUGGAACUUUUUUGUACUGUUUUUUUCUAUUCACAAUAUCUGUCUCCAGGAAUAGGUAAUAAAUCAUCUAGAACCAUGGCACUGCUGGAAACAGACUUUGAGGUGAAAGGCAGCAGCAUCAUCAGGGAGUGGAGUGGACAGGUCCAGCCAGCGCUGGUCGCCUCCUUUGUUUUCCUCUUCUGUCUUGAAGCCUGUCUGUGGGUCAGGAAUCUCAGACUCAAGAGAAGGCUGCCAGGACCUUUUGCCUGGCCGGUGGUGGGCAAUGCCAUGCAGCUGGGGCAGAUGCCUCAUAUCACCUUCUCCAAGCUGGCAAAGAAGUACGGCAACGUGUAUCAGAUAAGACUGGGCUGCAACAACAUAGUGGUGCUUAAUGGAGACACAGCAAUACGAGAAGCCUUGGUUCAGCACAGCACAGAGUUUGCAGGCAGACCCGACUUUGUGUCUUUUCGGAUGAUUUCAGGAGGCAGGAGCAUGACAUUCACUAACUACAGCAAACAAUGGAAAAUGCACCGGAGAAUUGCACAAUCUACCAUUAGAGCUUUCUCCUCUGCAAACAGCCAGACCAAGAAAGCAUUUGAGCAGCACGUUUUAGGAGAAUCUAUGGAUCUUGUGCAGGUAUUUCUGAGAAUGAGUGCUGAUGGACGAUAUUUUAAUCCCGCUCAUGAAUGUACAGUCGCUGCUGCAAAUGUAAUCUGUGCCCUGUGCUUUGGAAAACGUUAUGGCCAUGAUGAUAUUGAGUUUAGAACUCUCCUAGGCAAAAUGGACAAGUUUGGAGAGACGGUGGGGGCUGGCAGCUUGGUGGAUGUCAUGCCCUGGCUUCAGAAUUUCCCAAAUCCUGUCCGCAGCGUCUACCAGAAUUUCAAACACAUAAAUGAGGAUUUUUUUGCCUUUGUGAAAGACAAAGUGGUGCAGCACAGAGAAACCUUCAACCCUGAUGUGACCCGGGACAUGAGUGAUGCUAUCAUUAAUGUGAUUGAGCACGGAAAGGACAGUGGACUGACCAAAGACUUCACAGAAGGAACCGUCACAGACCUUAUUGGAGCCGGCCAAGACACAAUGUCAACCAUUUUACAAUGGAUUCUCCUGCUUUUGAUCAAAUACCCCAUCAUCCAAACCAAGCUGCAGGAGCAGAUUGACAAAGUGGUAGGCCGUGACAGGCUGCCCUGUAUUGAGGACAAAGCCAGCCUGGCUUACCUGGAUGCCGUUAUCUAUGAGACCAUGCGCUACACCAGCUUUGUACCCCUCACCAUCCCCCACUCCACCACCUCAGAUGUUACCAUCGAAGGCUUCCACAUCCCCAAAGACACAGUGGUCUUCAUCAACCAGUGGUCUGUCAACCACGACCCUUUACAGUGGAAGGACCCACAUCUCUUUGACCCUUCACGUUUCCUAGAUGAAAGCGGUGCCCUUGACAAGGACCUGACCAACAGCGUCAUGAUCUUCUCCACUGGUAAGAGGCGAUGUAUUGGCGACCAGAUUGCCAAAGUGGAAAUCUUUUUAUUUACAGCCAUCUUGCUUCACCAGUGUACCUUUGAGAGCAACCCCUCAGAGACCCUGACCCUUGGUUGUUCCUAUGGGCUCGCACUGAAGCCCCUGCACUACACCAUCACAACUAAGCUCAGGGGGAAGCUGCUCGGUCUGGUGUCACCUGCAUAAAAAUCUCAUCCCAAUAUUGUGACUCAAGGCCAGUAGAAACUAUAAGUUUGCCAAGCAAUGAUAUUUUAGUGAGUAUUAGUAAACAUGCACUGAAUGUUGUUGUUGAGUGUAAUAUUUCAUAUUUAAUAUUUAAUUAAUAUCUGAUCACAAUUUAUUAUGUUUGCAUUGUUGUUGAUACAGGAUUGAAAGUAUGAUUACAGUUAUGGAAAGUUUGCUAGGUAUAGCUUUUUCUCCUGUGUUGGGGGCCAGGGGUCAUGGGGUCAAUCAAUUUGAACAGGUUCUCAAACUAUGUACUUGAUCAUUUUCUUUAAGGAAGUAUACUUUUGUUUCAUAUACAUUUUGAGUUUUGGGCGUACUUCAUAUACAGUAUUCAGCAUGUUAACAUAUCAAAAUAUGUGCAGGAAACUAGAAUAUUCCUCAACAGUCAAUGGAAGGUUAUAUCACAGUGUAAUAUGCCUGUGAGUGUUUGUGAAUGUUGUCGUCACACCUGAAGGACCACAGUUUGUUGCCUUGAGGACUUUGUGGAUGUCUGUUAUUAACAUUGUGAUGUUUCAAUGUAUUUAUCUUUUUCAGAUAAAGCUGUCACAAUUUUUUUUAAAUAUAUAUCUUUCAGGUAUGAACAAUAUUUGUUAAGUAUUAUAAUCAAAUUCACUAUCUACUGUACACCAUGCAUAUGAGCACAUUGAAUACUGUUGACAGAUGCUGACGAACUGCUAAAGGAAAAUCAAGAUAUGUAUUUUCCAUAGCCUACCGUGUGAAGACAAUUCAGCGUUAACCGCACUGUUGCCUCUGUGCAACUUCACGCUCAGUGUCUCCAACAAUAUUUGGAGGUGUUUCAAUGGAGAGGUGGGUUUCUACUGGAGUCUAGAAGUAUGGUACUGAUAAGGCUGAUGAACAGUUGGGAGAGGACCAAUUCUAAACACUGACCCUAUUGAUCUUCUCAGAAAUGUACUUUACUGAACAGGCACUCCAGCUACACAACCCAUCCCUUCAUAUCCAAACCAACUGUCACUAAAUACAAUAUUACUACACAAGUCAAUGGAGUUUCGAUGUAUUUUCAAAAAUGCAUCCAUGUUUAAACCUCAAGGCUCUGAAAUCUGUAGAUGCGAUGUCACCUUUGUCAAAGAACAUGUUUUCAGAAAUGUAUUAAAUAUUGUUCAGAAUAUCUGCCUCUCUCAAACCAAGAAACUCAACUACAACAUGUGUUGAAUGUCCAGGCAAGGAUUCAUGAAUGAAAAUAUGUUGUUUUGUUUGUUGGUUUGUUUGUUUAAUAUGAUUUAAAAUAAGCUACAUCUGGAAUUAAUAAAGCAAUGUUUAAAUCAA